AUGUCACAACCACAGUCCAAAGCGCUCGCCAAGCGAGACGCGUCUACCGCUCUCAUGCCACCUCCCCCAGCACCGAAACGAAUAAAGAGGCCUUCUGUUGUUCUUGACGAAGACACAUACACAUCCGCCAUUUCCCAUAUCAUUCGCCGCGACUACUUUCCCGGACUGGCCGAGAUGGAUGCCCAGCGCGAAUACUUGAGCGCACUGGACAGUAAAGACAAAGGAUGGAUAAGAGAAGCAGGAAAAAGGCUGACGGAUGUCAUGACGCCCGUUCCUGGUAGAAGAGCGAGGGCAACGAGGUUCGAGAGCAAGGGUGCGGAUGCAGGACGAACACCAAGUGUAUGGGGUACAGACACGCCGCGGACGCAAGCUGGUGAUGAAGAAAAAGAAGAGGAUGAAGAGGGCCUUGGAAAACUGGACAAUGUAGACCUGGACAUGGGUCUGGGAGCCUUCCAAGCAAAGUACACAUCCGAAGACCAAGAAAGCUUCAACCAGAUCCUCGACCGCGCGAACAAAAAGCGCUUCGAGAAGAACGCCUGGAUCCACGACGGCAACAAGUACGCCUCCAAACAGCGCCUCGCGCAGCAGAAGGUGCUCGAAGCGCGCAAGCCUUCCACCGAUCUUAUCCUCCGCCCAAGCCAGGACCUCGACAUCGACCGCCCCGCAGCUCCAAACUCCCACAAACACACCGCCUUCAACACUCUCAUGUUCGGGCCCGACGGCAUAGAACCCUGGGCACCCACCCGCGCCCAGCGCGCCGAAGACGCCUCCCUCGCACCACCAAAGCGCGUCCUCCACCACAACACACGCCUCCCCACUGAAGACACCGAGCCCAAACGCCCGCCCAGCCCCACGCUGUCCUCCGUCCGCGACGCCAUCGCAGGCCGCCCGCGCCUCACCGCCAGCGAAGGCGGCUACACAGGCAACGAGACCCCGCGCGUAAACGGCUACGCCUUCGUCGACGCACAUCCCCGUCCGACGACUCCGACGAAGAAGAAGCGCCCACAGACCUCCUCGAGCGCUUCGGCGCAAAAGGCAGCAGCGCUGCUACACCGUUCACCAUGCACGAGUCUACUGCGCGCGAGAAACUGCACCACAAGAUGGUAG